UUUUUGUCUGAAAUUUUAUAAAAUUAUAAUUGAAUAAUCUGCUAAAUAAAUUGCGAGAUGAAUAACAGUAAUGAAAUAAAUGAGCUAUGCGAUAUAUGUGAAAUGUCAAUCGUUCAGGUUCAUACACAGGCUUUUAGAAUGUUCCGUGCCCAGCCAUUUUUGCCCGAAUUGUUCUUCAGGCCAUUUGAUGUUUCAGCGCAUUAAAUAAAUAUUUCUGCAUGUGCCAUUUGUAGUACACGUGGCCUGAUGGUCAAGUUUAACGUGUACCAUAAAUAGUACACGUGGCACGGAACGUGUUAAUUGUACAGCUUAUCAAUUCAUCCUUGAAAUGGCAAAUAAAAAGAAAAAAAAAUGGUGUGUCGCGUACCUGGAGAGAGUUACGUGGAAGUGGAAGUAAUACCUUAUGUUAUAGGAGUAUUGGGAAAAUUGGGGAAAUAGUCGGAUAGAUUAUCCUAUUUUGCAUAAACUAAGAAAAAUCUGACACCGUGCCAUGAAUUCUACAAAGGUUGAGAGAAGUCUCGAGGACACCGAGACCGAAUUGUUUAAUCCAAAUGUGUUGGACCGACUGUCCUUGACAUCUCCUGAGGGUUUAGUAAUUAGGCCUCUGAAAUCUGGCGAUUACGAUCGAGGAUUUCUUCAGCUUUUAACGCAGCUGACGCAAGUUGGAAACAUCAGCAGGGAACAGUUUCUUAAUCGUUUUCAUAUGAUGAGAAGUACCAAUAGCUAUUAUGUCAUUGUGGUGGAAGACGUGAGUCUAGGAAGUAUAGUAGCAACAUCAAUGUUAGUCGUUGAACAAAAGUUCGUUCACAAUUGUGCCCUGAAAGGGCGUUUAGAAGAUGUGGUAGUGGACGAUAAAUAUCGUGGCAAACACUUGGGAAAGUUGGUAGUCAAAAUUGCAACGCUAUUGGCACACUAUCUACAGUGUUACAAAGUGUCUUUAGAUUGUAAGGAUCAUCUUAUCCCAUUCUAUGAAAGUUUGGGUUUUAUACGCGAACCCAACAACGCCAAUUACCUCAAUAUGAGAUGUUCGAAAGGAAAUACUACAGAGAAGUCUCGCUUAGGAUAAUAAUUAAAGGAAUUAAACUUGAAAGCAUGUUCGACGCGUUCCACUUUAAAUUUCGAGAUUCCUAUUGUUUUAGACUCGUGGGAAUUAAUAGACUGCGGAUUUUAUGCAACUUAAAAAUGUUUUAAAUGACAGUCUCUUGUGUCAUUUAAAGAUUACAAUAUGCAUUCUGGUUUUGAUGUUUCUACAUUAUAUGCAGCACUUGUUUUAUACAUUCACUUUCCGUAUAAAUACAUAAAAUCCGCAAUCUAACAAUUGAAGAUAAAAUGCGUACGUUGUGCAGAUGGAAAAAGCAAUAAUGCGUAAUCUUAUUUUGCUGAAUACAGAUUAUAAUAUUUUACAAGAAUAUACGUUAAUGCAAUAAACAAUAGAGACAGAAGUAAGAACUGACUCGUCAGUAAUCGAUAAUAGAUAAAAUACUUAUUUCACAGUCAA